UACAAAAAUUGGCGCAAGCAAGCGUUUGCGGUACGCUAUCUCUAUCGUUUGUACGCUUUGUUAAUAGUUAAAUUCCAGACGCAUAAUUAAGUAAUUGUUUUGUUAUUAUAAUGAAAUUAAGUUCAAGUGAUACACAUCCAGCAAUGGAAGAUGAUGGAGUUGCAGACACGAGCGCCGAGGGUAAUGCGACGGCAGGCAACGUUGCAAUUGAAACGACGGCGACUGUGGCGGCAACAAACCAACAAAAGGCGAAGCAACGCUUUCCCGGAAAAAUGUUUUUCAAGCGACGCCGAGAUUUAGCUAAUGAUGCUGGCUCCGCUACCGAUAGCACUGAUUUCACGGAAAACGAGCUACAGACUUCAAUAGAUAAUCAGACGAACGUAAAAAAACAUCAUAGGAAACGUGAUUUAAUCAAUUUGCAGUCAAAUCUAAGUCCCAAAUACAUUGGCUAUGCGAACGCCAACUCACCCAGCACAAUCACUGACACUGCCGACAAAAUGCGCUCUAUGCGUCGUCGUAAUAAUCACUCAGCGAUUGCUCUUAACAAUAACAACGGCAGCAACAACAAUAUCAACAGCAGCAUUGAGUUGAACGACGGCAAUCGAGAUCAUGAGAUUGAGGCUGUUGUUAUGACGUCGCCAAAGCACUUAUUGCUGCCCAAUGGCAGCACCUACAUGAGUCCCAUCGAUAAGCUGUUGAUCAAGAAUGGCGCCAACUCGCCAAACAGCACUGGAUUCGAAGCCGAUGCCGAGGAUGUGAUCAUUAAUCCGAUGCGCAAACGCAAGCUGAUGAAACGUGGACCCCGCGCCAAAGCAAAAAGUGUACAGCAAGCGCUACAAGAAAGUGUGAAAGAUGAAAUGCUAACAGUGUCAAUUAAUCCGGAAGCUGACGUGGAAAUCAAACUAGAGUUAUUGGAGAUGGAAAUGGAAAAGCAGCCGGCACCUCCUCAAGAGUUUCACACAACUGAAGACUUACAAGUGAAAGUCGAAGAUGAAGCGACAAGCAAAGAGCCAUUGUUAUUUGCUUUGCCGACGGCAACAUCAACCGAACUCGAAGCUAUUAAAUCACCGCCAGACAGCAACGAACAAUCGUUAAAGUCGCCAUCGUCCAUCAGCUUAGAUAGUGCCAAAGGUUCCUCAAUUACAAAUGAUUCGGGUUGGUCCACCUAUCAAGUGGGUGACUUGUAUUGGGGAAAGUUGUUUACCUAUUGCUAUUGGCCGUGCAUGGUGUGUCCGGAUGAGUUUGGUCAAGUUGUCGGCAGUCUCAAUGGGCCACCGCAACGCAAGUCAACGGACAGUGCCAAUGGUGCUUCGCAAACCGUGGCUAUUCAGGUGCAUGUUCGUUUCUUUGCCGAUAAUGGUCGACACAACUGGAUUAAGAGCGAGAAUCUGUUGCCAUUUGGUGGGCUGAAGGCAUUCGAGGAGCUACGAGAGGAGGUGCGUAUUAAGCAUGGCGCCAAGAGUUUAAAAUAUCGCCAGAUGGUGGCCAAACAGAACAAAUUGCUGGUGUGGCGUCAGGCGAUCGAGGAGGCGCAGCAGGUGGGCGAAGUGAGCUACGAGCAGCGACUGGAAAAGUUCUUCGAAAUACACGAGCAGAAUAUUUCACAUAAGGAGAAACGCAGACAUUCCAAGCCCCAGCAGCAACAGGAUACCUCGGAUGUGGGCAGCAGUCUAUACGAUUCCAAUGAUAAUUUGCAUGCCAAGCCCAGCUCAGUGUUGGCCCUCAAACGCGAACGUUCCUCUUCGCCAUUGAGUCCUGCCUUUUCCCCUGUGAAGAGCUAUCACGAUAAACGUUCGAAGCGAAGGAAACUCAGCGGUCUGGCGGAAGAGCAUGUGGGCAAUUCACACUCUAUAGAUGAGCAGCCGUUUGCCGAUGUGGUCAACUAUGAGAAUCCCGAGUUUGGACAGCUAUUCGAUGCCAUCAAGGAGUAUGUGAUGGUGCAUCGUCAGGAGAAAAAGGUGGAGACUGUGCUACUCGCAGUGGUGCGAAACAUUUGGUCACUCAAGCAACUGCAGUUGCGUGAACUAGAACGUGAUUUGUUCAAUGGCGAUACGGAGCUGUUGGGCUCGGCACGCGUGGACACAGAUCGUGGCAAAGGAGCGGGUACUAUAAAGCGGCUGUCAAAUCGCUUAAAGACAAUGGUGCUGCGCCGCAGUUUGACACCAGUUGUGCAGCAACAGCAGAGCACAACGCCUACCACAGAGAUCAACCAGUUGGAACGUCAGAGUUCAGAGCCACCCAAGGUAAAGAAGCCGCUGGGACGACCCAUUGAGGAAGUGAUCCAGGACAUUGUGCAGCUGGAUCGCAAAUAUCUGUUUCGCGGCCUCAAUCGUGAGCCCGUCUGUAAGUACUGCCAUCAGCCAGGCGGUGACUUGGAGCGUUGUUCGCUCGCCAGCUGUCACAGCUGGUUUCAUGGCACAUGUGUGGAACAGGUGAAGACCACUGGAAAAUUGACUAGCAAGGGAGCGUCAAGUGGACGCAAGGCCAUUGCCAAACCCCCCCAAAUCACUGCCGAGGCUACAACGCACAUUACCGGCGAUGGCGUUGAGCUAGAGACUGAACCAAAACAGCCGCAGAUGUGUCACGAGUGCGCCACUGGCCAGCCGGCAGCCUGUUGCAUUUGCCACGAUCAACAGCCGCCAAUGAACAGCAGCAGCGAGUCGCCACACAAGGAACAAGAAGCAAAUAUAAAGCUCUUAAGCUGCAGUCAGCCCAUGUGCUCGAAUCAUUUUCAUCCCAGCUGCUGCAAAUAUUGGCCACAAGCCUCCAUCAAUAAUUCCACUUCACGCUGCCCGAUGCACGUUUGCCACACUUGCGUCUCCGACGAUCCGAGUGGCAAGUUCCAGCAACUAGGCAGCUCCAAGCUGAUCAAAUGCGUCAAGUGUCCAGCAACAUAUCAUCAGGACUCACGUUGCAUUCCCGCUGGCUCGCAAAUGCUGACGGCCUCGCAUUUGAUUUGUCCGCGACACAACGUGUCCAAAGCGGAUGCCAAUCUCAAUGUGCUGUGGUGUUACAUUUGUGUGCGUGGCGGUGAACUGGUUUGCUGCGAAACUUGCCCCAUUGCGGUGCAUGCGCAUUGUCGCAACAUUCCCAUCAAGAGCAACGAGAGCUACAUUUGCGAGGAGUGCGAAAGUGGACGUUUGCCGCUCUACGGUGAAAUUGUGUGGGCCAAAUUCACACACUUUCGUUGGUGGCCUGCGAUCAUUUUGCCACCCACCGAGAUACCCAGCAACAUACAAAAGAAACCGCAUGGAUUGAACGAUUUUGUGGUGCGUUUCUUUGGCACCAACGAUCAUGGUUGGAUAUCGCGUCGUCGUGUCUAUUUGUACAUUGAAGGCGACACCGGAGAUGGCAACAAGAGCAAAUCGGUGAUGUCCAAACGUUACACAGCUGGCGUUGAGGAAGCGACACACUUUCUGAAGAUACUCAAGCAGAAGCGACAGGAGCAAUCGGUGGUGCGACUGAACAACAAAUUACUGCCGCCGCCUUACGUCAAGAUAAAGACGAAUAAACCGGUGCCGCCCGUGCGUUUCGCCUACAACGAGGAGUAUGUCAACAUUUGCGAAUGCAAACCGGGCACACCGCAUCCUUGUGGUCCCGAAUCCGGUUGUCUAAAUCGCAUGCUCUAUAACGAAUGUCAUCCGGAGUUCUGUCCUGCAGGCGCUCAAUGCGAAAAUCAAUUGUUUGAGCUGCGCAAAUCGCCGCGUCUCGAUGUUGUCUACAUGCAUGAUCGUGGCUUUGGUUUGGUUUGUCGCGAACCCAUCGCCGAGGGAACCUUUAUCAUUGAGUAUGUGGGCGAGGUCAUCAAUCAUGCAGAGUUCCAGCGGCGCAUGGCCCAGAAGACAAGCGAUCGCGAUGAGAACUUUUAUUUCCUCGGCGUGGAGAAGGAUUUCAUCAUUGAUGCUGGACCCAAGGGGAAUUUGGCUCGCUUCAUGAAUCACUCGUGCGAACCGAAUUGUGCCACACAAAAGUGGACGGUGAACUGCAUCAAUCGUGUGGGACUGUUUGCCAUCAAGGACAUUCCAGAGAAUACCGAGCUUACUUUCAAUUAUCUGUGGGAUGAUUUGAUGAACAAUGGCAAGAAAGCAUGCUUCUGUGGUGCUAAGCGUUGCUCGGGUGAAAUCGGCGGCAAGCUUAAGGACGAAGAGACCAAGGAAUCUGGCAGCCAGUCGGGCAAGAGCAAAACGAAUGGAAAACUAAAGCAAAUGCAGCGCAAUAAAGGCAUAAAAAUCCAUAUUAAUAGUGGCGGCGUCACCAAGAAGCGAGUAAGGAAACCCAAACCUGUGGCUGUUUCCGACUCCACCACUCAAAACUCAUUGCCAGCGUCAGAGCCGACGCAAUCGGAACCUUUAGAGAAGGAAUAGUUUUAUAAAUCAUAUCAAAACAAUAUUUGUUAGGCGCAUUACUUGAACGUUUUUUUGAAUUUCGCCAAAUUAUGGAAGCUUUUAUAUUUACAAGCCUAUUUAUUUUUGUUGGUUAUAAGUAACAGUUGAUAAGAACAUAUUUGAAUUAAUUUUAAGACUUGAAAUUCUCAAUCUUUUUCAUUUUUUUCAAAGUGCUGCUUUCUCGAUGAAUAAACGAGGCGUUUUUUCAAUGUAUUACAAAAAAAAAACAUUUAUUUCAUUAUCAAAUCAGUUCAUUAUUUUUGCCAAAACUAUUACUAUAUUUAGUCAUUUAUUAAUUAUGUUUGCUUUUUUUAAUAGUAUCGCAUAAAAAAUAUAUAUUUUCUGUAUAUAUGUUAUAGUUGAUAUUUUUUGUUCUCCUUUGGAUCGCUACACAGCUCGGCUACAAUAAAAAGUGUGUGUAAAAGUGUAGCUCUUUGGCAUUUUGGCAUAACUCGUUGUUUUGUACGACUUACAAAAACUAUCCAUAUGUAUGUAUAUGUAUUUUAGAACUUAUGUUUAAGAACUAAGAGUAUGCGCAUUUUCCUUAAACUUAAGUAGUACUUUUUAUGUCGAGAGAAAAAUUAUAUAAAAGAAAAAUUAA